AUGGGCGUUUAUUCCCCAAAUCAAGUACUUAUUCACAUUUCUUUCAUUCUGUUCUUUAUCUAUCUAUCUAUCUAUCUAUCUAUCUAUCUGCCUAUUACACUCUUCACAUCGCUUUCAUUCUGUUAUCUAUCUAUCUAUCUAUCUAUCUAUCUAUCUGCCUAUUACACUCUUCACAUCGCUUUCAUUCUGUUAUCUAUCUAUCUAUCUAUCUGCCUUUUACACUCUUCACAUCGCUUUCAUUCUGUUAUCUAUCUAUCUAUCUAUCUAUCUAUCUAUCUAUCUAUCUAUCUGCCUCUUACACUCUUCACAUCGCUUUCAUUCUGUUAUCUAUCUAUCUAUCUAUCUAUCUAUCUGCCUCUUACACUCUUCACAUCGCUUUCAUUCUGUUAUCUAUCUAUCUAUCUAUCUAUCUAUCUAUCUAUCUGCCUCUUACACUCUUCAUCGCUUUCAUUCUGUUAUCUAUCUAUCUAUCUAUCUAUCUAUCUAUCUAUCUGCCUUUUACACUCUUCACAUCGCUUUCAUUCUAUCUAUCUAUCUAUCUAUCUAUUACACUCUUCACAUCGCUUUCAUUCUGUUAUCUAUCUAUCUAUCUAUUAUACUCUUCACAUCGCUUUCAUUCUGUUAUCUAUCUAUUCCACUCUCCACAUCGCUUUAAUUCUGCUACAUCUCUAUCUAUCUAUCUAUCUAUCUAUCUGCCUAUUACACUCUUCACAUCGCUUUCAUUCUAUCUAUCUAUCUAUCUAUCUAUCUAUUACACUCUUCACAUCGCUUUCAUUCUGUUAUCUAUCUAUCUAUCUAUCUGCCUAUUACACUCUUCACAUCGCUUUCAUUCUAUCUAUCUAUCUAUCUAUCUAUCUAUUACACUCUUCACAUCGCUUUCAUUCUGUUAUCUAUCUAUCUAUCUAUCUAUCUAUCUGCCUAUUACACUCUUCACAUCGCUUUCAUUCUAUCUAUCUAUCUAUUACUCUUCACAUCGCUUUCAUUCUGUUAUCUAUCUAUCUAUCUAUCUAUCUAUCUGCCUCUUACACUCUUCACAUCGCUUUCAUUCUGUUAUCUAUCUAUCUAUCUAUCUAUCUAUCUAUUAUACUCUUCACAUCGCUUUCAUUCUGUUAUCUAUCUAUCUAUCUAUCUAUCUAUCUAUCUAUUAUACUCUUCACAUCGCUUUCAUUCUGUUAUCUAUCUAUCUAUCAAUCUAUCUAUCUAUCUAUCGCACUCUUCACAUCUCUUUCAUUCUGUUAUCUAUUUAUUAUAAUUUUCACGUCUCUUUCAUUCUGUUAUCUAUCUAUCUAUCUAUCUAUCUAUCUAUCUAUUACACUCUUCAUAUCGCUUUCGUUAUGUUAUCUAUCUAUAUAUUACAAUUUUCACAUCUCUUCCAAUCUAUCUAUCUAUCUAUCUAUCUAUCUAUCUAUCUAUCUAUCUGUUCAUAAUCUAUUUCACUCUGUAUCUACCAGGCUGUUGAUUAUUAACCCCUCCUUCUCAAUCUAUUCAUCUAUCUUUCUAUCUGUCUAUCUAUCCAGGUGUUCGUCAUGGCAAGAGUUCCUCCUUGUAGAUGUAGCGUGCAUAACAUUUUUCGAUAGCAGUUGGGGAUUGAUGGCGGUGUUUUUCGUUUUCGCUAUUACAAUGUUUUGCACUGCUUCUUGGUCUCUCUCGCUCAAUGUAGAUAAAAGCAUUCGGUUAAUCUACCUAUCUAUCUAUCUAUCUAUCUCAGCCUUUUCAUCUAUCUAUCUAUCUAUCUCAGCCUUUUCAUCUCACUCGCUUUCUCUCUCUCUCUAUCUAUCUAUCUAUUUAUCUAUCUAUCUCAGCCUUUUCAUCUAUCUAUCUAUCUAUCUCAGCCUUUUCAUCUAUCUAUCUAUCUAUCUCAGCCUUUCAUCUCACUCUCCAGCCUUUUCAUCUCUCUCUCUAUCUAUCUAUCUAUUUAUCUAUCUAUCUCAUCAUCUCAGCCUUUUCAUCUAUCUAUCUAUCUCAUCUCAUCUCCAUCUAUCUCAGCCUUUUAUCUAUCUAUCUAUCUAUUUAUCUAUCUAUCUCAGCCUUUUCAUCUCACUCGCUUUCUCUCUCUCUCUAUCUAUCUAUCUAUUUAUCUAUCUAUCUCAGCCUUUUCAUCUAUCUAUCUAUCUAUCUCAGCCUUUUCAUCUAUCUAUCUAUCUAUCUCAGCCUUUUCAUCUCACUCGCUUUCUCUCUCUCUCUAUCUAUCUAUCUAUUUAUCUAUCUAUCUCAGCCUUUUCAUCUCACUCGCUUUCUCUCUCUCUCUAUCUAUCUAUCUAUCUAUUUCUCAUUUUCCAUAUCUAUCUAUCCCAGCCUUUUCAUCUCAUCUUUCUCUCUCUCUAUCUUCUAUCUAUCUAUCUCCCAGCCUUUCUAUCAUCUAUCUAUUUUCAUCUAUCUCUAUCUAUCCUUUUCAUCAUCUCAUCUCAUCUAUCUAUGCCUUUAUCUCAGCCUUUUCAUCUCUCAUCUAUCUAUCUCUAUUUAUCCAUCUAUCUCAGCCUUUCAUCUCUAUCUAUCUCUUUUCUCUCUCUCUCUCUCUCUAUCUAUCUAUUUAUCUAUCUAUCUCAGCCUUUUCUCAUCUAUCUAUCUAUCUAUCUCAGCCUUUCAUCUCAUCCCUAUUUAUCCUUUCAUCUCAAUCCGCUUUCUCUCUCUCUAUCUAUCUAUCUAUCUUCUCAUCUAUCUAUCUCCAGCCUUUUCAUCUAUCUAUCCAUCUAUUUAUCUCUAUCUCAGCCUUUCAUCUAUCUCUAUCUAUCUCGCUUUCUCUCUCUCUCCUUUCUAUCUAUCUAUCUAUCUAUCUAUCUAUCUAUCUCAGCCUUUUCAUCUAUCUAUCUAUCUCAUCUCAGCCUUUCAUCUAUCAUCUAUCUCAUCAUCUAUCUCAGCCUUUUUCAUCUCACCUCAUCUCACUCGCUUUCUCUCUCUCUCCUUUAUCAUCUAUCUAUCUAUUUAUCUAUCUAUCUAUCAGCCUUUUCAUCUAUCUAUCUAUCUAUCUCAGCCUUUUCAUCUCACUCCAUCCCCAGCUUUCAUCCCUCUCUCUAUCAUCUAUCUCCAUUUAUCUAUCUAUCCCAUCCUUUCAUCUAUCUAUCUAUCUAUCUAUCAGCCUUUUCAUCUCACUCGCUUCUCUCUCUCUCUAUUUAUCAUCUAUCUAUUUUUCAUUUAUCUAUCUAUCUCAGCCUUUUCAUCCAUCUAUCUAUCUAUCUCAGCCUUUCAUCUCAUCUAUCUCCAGCUUUUCUCUCUCCAUCUAUCUAUCUAUUUAUCUAUCUAUCUCAGCCUUUUCAUCCAUCCAUCCAUCUAUCUAUCUCAGCCUUUUCAUCUCCAUCUCCAUUUAUCUUCCAUCUCUCUCUCUCUAUCUAUCUAUCUAUUAUUAUCUAUCUAUCUCAGCCUUUCAUCUAUCUAUCUAUCUAUCUCAUCCCAGCCCUCCUUUUCAUCUCACCUUUUCAUCUCCACUUUCUCUCUCUCUCUAUCUAUCUAUCUAUUUAUCUAUCUAUCUCAUCUCAGCCUUUUCAUCUAUCUAUCUAUCUAUCUCAUCUAUCCUUUUCAUCUCUAUCUCAGCUUUUCUCUCUCUAUCUAUCUAUCUAUCUAUUUAUCUAUCUAUCUAUCUCAGCCUUUUCAUCUAUCUAUCCAUCUAUCUAUCUUUUCAUCUAUCUUUUCAUCUCAGCCCCUCAUCUUUCUCUCUCUCUCAUCUAUCUAUCUAUUUAUCUAUCUAUCUCAGCCUUUUCAUCUAUCUAUCUAUCUAUCUAUCUCAGCCUUUUCAUCUAUCUAUCUAUCUAUCUCAGCCUUUCAUCUCAUCCUUUUCUCUCUCUCUCCAUCCCAGCCCAUCCAUUUCUAUCUAUCUAUCUAUUAUCUAUCUAUCUAUCCCAGCCUUUCAUCUAUCUAUCUAUCUAUCUCAUCCCCAGCCUUUUCAUCUCACUUUCCCAUCUCUCUCUAUCCCCUCUCUCUAUCUAUCUAUCUUUUUCCAUCUAUCUAUCUAUCUAUCUCAGCCUUUUCAUCCAUCUAUCUCUAUCUCUAUCCAUCCAUCCUUUUCAUCCCACACUCCCUUUCCCUCUCUCUCAUCUAUCUAUCUUUUAUCUAUCUAUCUAUCAUCCAUCUCAUCCUUUUCAUCUAUCUAUCUAUCUAUCUCCCAGCCUUUUCAUCUUCAUCUCCAUCUCAGCCCUUUCUCUCUCUCUCUAUCUAUCCAUCUAUUUAUCUAUCCAUCUCAGCCUUUUCAUCCAUCUAUCUAUCUCAUCCUAUCUCCUCCAUCCCAGCCUUUUCAUCUAUCUAUCUCGCCAUCCAUCUCUCUCUCUAUCUAUCUAUCUAUCUAUCUAUCUCAUUUUCCCACCCUAUCCUCUCUCUCUCUCUAUCCAUCUAUUUAUCCAUCCAUCCCAGCCUUUUCAUCUAUCUAUCUAUCUCAGCCUUUCAUCCAUCUAUCCAUAUCUUCCAUCAUCAUCUCAUCCAUUCUCUCUCUCUCUAUCUAUCUAUCUUUCCCACCCUAUCUAUCUAUCUCCAUCCCAGCCUUUUUUCAUCUAUCUAUCUAUCUAUCUCCCAGCCAUCUUUUCAUCUAUCUAUCUCCCAUCUCCAUCUAUCUCCAUCCAUCCCAGCCUUUUCAUCUCCAUCCAUCCCUUUCCCUUUCUCUCUCUCUAUCUAUCUAUCUAUUUAUCUAUCUAUCUCCAGCCUUUUCAUCCAUUCAUCAUCUAUCUAUCUAUCUAUCUCUCUCUCCUCCAUUCCAUCCAUCAUCUCCAGCCCCAUCCAUCCAUCCAUCCAUCCAUCCCUCUAUCUAUCUAUCUAUCCAUCUAUCUAUCUCAUCUCCUCACCUCAGCCUUUUCAUCUCCAUCUAUCUCUAUCUAUCUCAUUUAUCUUUCUAUCAUCCUUUCAUCCAUCCAUCCAUCUAUCUCAGCCUUUCAUCUCACUCUUUCUCUCCAUCCUAUCCAUCAUCUAUUUAUCCAUCUAUCUCAGCCUUUUCAUCUAUCUAUCUAUCUCAUCCAUCCAUCCAUCUCUCUCAGCCCUUUCAUCUCACCCGCUCUCUCUCCAUCUCUCCAUAUCUAUCU